CCAUUGAACCAUAGAAGAAAGACAAAAAUGGAGUUCUUUACAAGUAAAUUUGUACUAUCAUUUAUCCUAAUUGUUUCUAUUAAUUUUUUCAUAUCAAUAAGCUCUAUUGCUGACUUCUUUGAUUGCAUUUCUCAUAAUAUUUCAUCAAACUCGUCACACAUUAUUUUCAGUCCUAAUGAAUCAUUAUACUCAGAUAUCCUUCAAUCCACACUCCAAAACUUAAGGUUUAACAAUACCACACCAUUAGCGAUAGUCACACCUUUGACAUAUUCCCAUGUACAAGCAACUGUUGUAUGCAGCGUAGAAUACGGACACCAAAUCCGUAUCCGAAGUGGUGGUCAUGACUAUGAAGGACUUUCCUACACAUCUUUUGAUCAAACUCCUUUCGUCCUUCUCGAUCUCAACCAACUUCGGUCAGUUGAGGUUGAUUUAGAGGCUAAAACUGCAUGGGUUGAAUCCGGUGCAACUCUUGGUGAACUUUACUAUUGGGUGUCAAAGAAAAGUAAUAAUACUUUUGGUUUCCCAUCAGGGGAGUGCACUUCUGUGGGCGUUGGUGGGCAAUUAAGUGGAGGAGGUUACGGCACGAUGGCUAGGAAACACGGGUUGUCAGCUGAUAACGUAAUUGAUGCAUUUUUAGUUGAUGUGAAUGGAAGGAUAUUGGAUAGAGAUUCAAUGGGUGAAGAUUUGUUUUGGGCAAUUAGAGGAGGAGGAGGGGGAGGUAGUUUUGGUGUUGUAGUAUCUUGGAAGAUUAGUCUUGUUUAUGUUCCACCAAUUGUUACAGUUUUUAGUCUUCCUAAAAAGCUAGACAAAAUUGGUACUCAAUUGGUUCACAAGUGGCAAUAUAUUGGGAAUAAUAUCACAAAUGAUUUGUUCAUGAACUUGCUAAUAAGUCCACUCCCACAAAGUACUACAAUGAAAGUGACAAUCAAUGGGCUUUUUUUAGGGACGGCUAAGGAGCUUAUAGCAAUAAUGGAUGAUACAUUUCCUGAAUUAAGAUUACAACUAAAUAAUUGCACCGAAAUGAGUUGGAUAGAAUCGGUAGUUUAUUUUUCUAUCUACUUAACAGGACAAAGUGUUGACACUCUUGUAGAAAGAAGGCCAUGGCCUAAAAGUUACUUCAAAGCUAAAUCAGACUACGUGAAGAAAUCAAUACCAGAGGAAGCACUUGAAAAGAUAUGGAAAUGGUGUUUGGAAGAGAACCUGAGUUUAGGAAUGGAGCCGCACGGUGGAAAAAUGGGGGAGAUUGAUGAAGCCGCGAUCCCUUACCCACAUAGGAAAGAAAAUUUGUAUAUCAUUCAAUACAUCAUUGCAUGGGGAGAUGAAGGAUUCAACACAACCGAAAAAUAUGUAGCUUCUAUAAGAAGGGUAUAUGAAAAAAUGACACCAUUUGUGUCCAACAACCCAAGGGGAGCUUAUGUGAACUUUAGGGAUUUGGAUUUGGGUAUCAAUGGUAAAGCAUGUAGCACAAGCUAUGAGAAAGCAAUGAAGUGGGGAAGCAAGUAUUUCAAGAGCAAUUUUAAAAGGCUGGCAAUUGUGAAAGGUGAAAUUGAUCCAACAAAUUUCUUCUGUAAUGAACAAAGUAUCCCACCACUGGUUUUGUCACAAUCAUUUUAAGUUCAUUAUCUUGAUUAAACUAAAUGAUUGUAAUUAAACAAAUAAUAUGGAAAUAAAACCAGAUUAAACUUGAUGAUUGUAAUUAAACAAGUUAAUAUUUAUAUGAAAAUAAAACCAUUCGCUGGUUCACGUUUAAUCAUUUAA